AUGGGAUCAGAUUGUACCAUAGAAUCCAAUGAAAAAUUAAAUUCAACAAAUUACGUUGAUUUAUCAAAAGAUGUAACAUUAGAUCAUAACUAUUCAGAUUACACUCCUUUUAAUAAUAUUCCAACCUCCUCUGGAGGUUAUAUUGUUGGCGAAAGGCCAGUUUUCCUUAAAAAUUCCAUUAUAUGUGUUAUUAAUAACCAAAAAUGUAUUCUAUACAACGCAAUAAACUGUAACAAAGUGUCCCAAACACAUAAUAACCCAGAUUUGUUGAUCGGCUGUAAGUCGUUUACUUACGAGGAAAUCUACGAGUUUUUACUGUGCUCAUCAUCAGACGGCACAAUACUGUGCUAUAAUAUCCCCCAAAAGAUCGAAGAUUCAGUUUUGCCAGUUUUGUUUAAAUUGAAAGUUAAGUGUAGAAAGCUACUAACAUUCGAAGUUAAUGCCAAAAAUGGAAAUCUAUUGUGCUUAAUAAUAAAUAGAAAAAACCAUGUUAAACUGCUUCAUGUUAAACCAAAUUAUGAAAUGCUGGUAUUUUCUAAUGAAAAGGUUCAAAGCAAUAGGCAAAAUUACAAACUAACUUACGUUGGUAGUAAAAGCUACCACGAAAAAACUGAAUUAUUAAAGAUAGAAAGUAAUAAUGUAGAUUUGUUUGCAUCAAAUAAUGAUUUUUCGAGGGUGAUAAUUACAUACAGGAAGUGUUUUCUGCUGUUUGAAAACGGUUCUGGAAAAUGCCACUUUUACGAACAUAGCAACGUAAUAAAUUCAAUAACAAUGAACAAAGGCAGUGUGAUUUUGGGUGAUCUGAUAGGACAGAUUAUAGUGAUAGAUUAUACAAAUGGCUCAGGAACAGCGAAUAUGUUAUCCUUCACAGAAAGUGUAAUUAACUUUAAAAAGUUAUCAAAUAUGUAUCACAAUAAUGUUGGCAAUAAAAUGGUAUAUAAAAAGGUUUCUAUAUCAUUAUACCACUGGCACUCACAUAACGUAAACUCGCUCUGUUUCUAUAAAGACAAGCUUUUAUCGGGAGGUGAAGAGGCAGUGUUGGUAGUUUGGGACUUGAAGAUAAACGAGCGGAAGUUUGUAACUAACCUUGGAGGGCCGAUAUUCCACAUUAGUUGUUCCCAGGAACAUAUAGCCGUAACCUUGCAGGACAAUACUGUCCUGAUUGUAGACCCACUCUCACUGAUCGUUGUGAAGUCAAUCACAUCACUCAUUAACACGAGCCAGAACUGUAUUUUGAAGUUAAUAGAUAACCACAAGAUCUGUGCAGUAAACGAUAAAACCAUCCAAGUUUAUGAUUAUUAUGAUGAUAAGCAGGUCUCAACAGCUAAUAUUAACAGAGUGAAUUACGUGUCAAGACAAGAUCAAAGUUUCGGACUCAACUAUAAAGUUACAAAUAUUUGCAUCUCAUUUAACUAUGUUUUGGUGGCACUAAAGAGACAACUGCUCAGUAAUAAAACAUUUAAACUAUUGUUGCAGUUCUUCGUAAAUCAAACUGUAUGUAAAAAUAACCUGACCACAAGUAAAAACCCAGUGUUGGACAUUAAUAACCAAAAUUAUGUACUCAAUAACACGAUUAAUGAUAUACACCAGGACUCAGUGACUUCAAUUAAGCAACUAAAUUCAAACGGUCAAUUUAUUUCAUCCUCACUUGAUGGAAAUCUGAAUGUGUACACGAGAAUAAGUGAAGGCUAUUGGGUAAUAAGCCAAGUGAUAACAUACAAAGAGUUGCCCAUCCAUGGCCUGAAAGUUACUAAUAAUAUAAUAAUAGCGACAAUCAGCAAUUUGCUCUCAAUUUUUAAAAACGACUCAAACGGCGUGAAGCUGAUAAAGACGAUAAAGACUGAUUUCGAAGGCAUCAAAAAAAUCAACAAUGAGAAUCUAAUUGUAUAUAAGAACAAUGGAGUCGAUAUUUUAAACAUCAGGACUAACUCUAGGGAGGAGUUUUUAAAAUUGGAGUCUGAACUCACCAUACGUAAAGUGAUAUAUAGGCCUAAAGAUAAUUUGCUUUUUGUAGUUAGUAAGUGCCUUGAUACUAAACUCAAUUUGCAAGUUUACAGUAAUAAAGAGAUGAUUUAUCAAAAAUACGUAUCUGAAGGAUCACGAGUAAAACUUGUUAAACCAGAAUACACAGCACCCCUAUACUGUCUACUGAUUUUCAUUGGCCACAACAUUGAAUUGUUAAAGAUAUGUAAACGUGAUUCAAAGUGGAUGGUUGUUGACCAACAAGACAAAUAUGGCACUCAUUACUCAUUUAAGAAGUUAAACAAAGUCAAUUUCAAUUACCUAAAUGAGUUCAUCAACGCACUAAUGUCCAGCACAGGCAGUAAAAUUAAUAAAGAUAGUAUAAAGAAUAAAAGUAUUGUACAGUACGAAAAGGCAAGGAUCAGGAGGAUAAAUUUGUUAAAUUUAGUCGAGUCGAGUCAAAUUCCAACCCCAAACCAGAUAAUCAACCAGCUUGUAAAUAAUAUUAUAUAA